AUGGGUAAUGCACAAGUGCAAAAUUUUACCCAAUUUCUCCAAACUCCAAAUAACCAAUAUACUCCUACUAGUCAAAAUAUUGACCAACCUCCUUUUACCCCUAUUAGUAUUGGGUCCAAUUCCGACAAUGCAUUUGUAGAUAAUGCGGGUAUUGAAGAGGCGGAGAAUGUUGAUGUUACUACAACUAUUCGUACUGCUGCUCGUACUACAUCACGUCGCAAAGUAAGUCAGCCUAAAGAGAAAAAAGGGUUAACUUGGACGAUAGAAGAUGAAACACUUCUUGGUAUUGCAUGGAUUAAUACUACCAAAGAUGAAGUGAAUGGCAAUGCACAAAGAGCCGAUGCAUAUUGGGGGAAAAUUUGUGCAUUCUUCAAUGAAAAUAGGCAAACAAAUCAAGCUGAACGAGAGGUAAACCCUUGCAAACAACAUUGGUGGGCAAUUAAUAAUGCACUUGGAAAGUUUGCAGGGUGUUAUGCCAAGUAUGAAAAGAGGAGUGGGUUUAAUGAAGCUUUGAAGCUCUCGGAGGCUCGUGCACUUUACCAAAGUCUCUACAAUUCCAAGUUUCAAUACGAUCAUGUGUGGAGUAUUGUGAGACUACACAGCAAGCGGGAGGAUGUUGAGGGUUUUGAUGAAGUUGAUGAGGCCCGACCAACAGGUCAACAAGCUGCAAAGAAACAACUAGCUGCACAGAGAAAGGGAAAAAGCACCCAAAGUGAUCAUAGUGAAGCCAUAUCAGUUGCAAAAGAUAUUCAAGAGUCACGUGUACAAUCAAUGAGUCGUAUGGCAGAUUUGAAGGAGCAGGAGCUUGAAAACCAACUACUUUGUGCCGAUGUCACCAAGAUGGCUCCUUUGCAAAGAAAGAUUCAUGAGAAGAAGUUGCAAGCACUUGCAGAAAAAUAUGGAUGGACUUUUGAUGAUUAG